AUCACUGCCCCGGCCCGGCCCCGCCGCCAUUUCCCGCUAGGCGCCGGCGGGGCGGCAGCGCUGGGGAUCGAUGGGCGUCGGUGGGCAUUGAUAAGGAGCGGUAACAAGCGAUGAGGAGCCGGAGCGGAGCCUGUGGACAUUCCCCGCUGCCAGGGAUUGCUGCAGCUCUGAGGAGGAUGAGUUCCAAAAGCUCGUCAGAGUUGUGACAGAAGUGGGUUUUUCCCUGGAAUCUCCCUGGCGGUGGUAGAUCUGCAGAGGCCAUCCUGCAUUCGGCACGUGUGGAAGCCUGGAGAUGGACACCCUUUAUCACCUGUUCUCAAACAUUCCAAGGUGCUGAACAAGUAACCUGGCUUUGAGUGUGCACCAUGUAGGAGACUGUGCUGCUCAGCAUCCAGAGGCACACAGGAGCCACGUGUGAUUCCAGGGUGGGGCUGUUGUUACCCCUGGCAGCAUGGACAGCGAGGAUCCGAGGAACAGAAGCAAAAUGUUUCUUUUGCAAGCAGAGGGGUUUGUUUGUUGAUCUCCAUGGGAGCCCUGAUGGAUGUGCCAAGGCCUCUCUCUCUGCUUGUGUACCUCACCUUUCUGUCUACAACUGUUUGCAACCUGCCUGAAAGAAUUUUGGAAGGGCUUCCUUACGACCUCCGGAUGGACUCCCACAAUUUCCAGCACAUUUUGUCCUGGCAGGCAGAACGUGACCCAGCUGUGCCAGCAAACUACAACGUGCUGUACAGAGACCGCAGGAGCCAGCACUGGGUGAGUGCUCAGCAGUGCUCAGGUAUUGCCCAGCUCUCCUGUGAGCUGACACAGGAGUUCAAGGACACUUCCACUAUGUAUGCUGCACUUGUCCAGAGCAUUGGAGGAGCUCAGGUGCUCAAUUCUUCUGUGCUGUUCUUUGAGCCAUUCACUGAGACAAUUCUGGGACCAGCAGAAGUGAAUAUCACUUCCUGUCCAAACUGCAUCAACGUCACCAUAAAGCUGCCAACCUCUCACCUCAGACAAAAUGGAAAGGUGCAGUCUUUGACUGAUAUCUAUAAAGAGCUGUAUUAUGAUAUCACACUGAAGUCACAGGAUGGAGAGCAUAAGAGGCCACGGCAGAUAACCACUGAGGAGGUGUUUAGUACCGUCAUUGAGGAGUUGUAUCCCGGUAGGAAUUACUGCGUGUCCGUGGUGCUCACUGCGUCCCUGAACAGACAUUCCAGCCCCUCCCCCUGGAAAUGCCUCACUGCGGGCCCGGAGGCUCGGCAGGGGUAUCAUGAAGUUGCAGUGGCAGGUGCUGUCUGUGUUUCACUGGUGAUUGCUGCAGUUCUGAAGUGUGUGCAUGCUGCAGGUUUCAUUCUCCCGAAGAUUUCCCUUCCUCAGACCUUGGCUUGCAUCAGGAAGUUGGCCUACUCACCUUGUGUGUCUGAGUCAGAAAAAGUGGCCUCUGUGGAGAUCAUCCCCAGAGAGGUGAAAAGCAAGGCCAGGGGGUGCAGAGGCAGAGCCAGUGAUGACAGUGACAGCAGUGACAGUGACAGCGGUGGCCUGUGUGACCACGACUACACGAGGCGAGGGGGGCUGGCCAGGGGCAGUGUCCCCCAGGGCUGGCACAGCCCCAGCACCCCGGAGCAGUACUCAGUGGACAGCAGCUGCCAGCACAGCGGCCAGCCUGGGGACAGCCCGGCUGCUGAGCCACAGCAGGGACAGCAGCAGCAGGGGCAGCACGCUGAGGGGGAGGCGGACAGCAGCAGCGAGUUACUGAGCCCUUUCCCCGGGGGCAGCUGCAGCUCCCCGGGGAGCAGUGCGUGCUUCACCAUCAGCUUGCACACGGUGCUGCUGGGCACGCUGGAGCAGCACGGGCACGGCGUGGCUGCUGCCCCGGCACAGGCAGAGCCGGCGGGCUGGCACUGCGCUCACAAUGUGCAGGCAGAGCUGCCGGAGGACACGGAGAGUGUGCAGGAAGCACCUUGUUCUAGUGACUUCCAUGAGUGGCAAAACUCCUCCUCUUCAUCCGAGGACAGCGACCCUUCGGACUCGGACACAGAGCUCGUAACAGGGUACAUGAGGAGAUGAAGGGAGAACUGCUUUUACUUUAUAACAUAGGAACCAGUGUUGUCCAACUUUUAUUUCUGGGCUGGACACACAGAUCUUGUCUUUUCAUUAACAUCCUGUGAGUGUGGGCUCCUACAGAAAGAGCUGGGGAUGUUUGGAGAAGAAUCCAGAGAGACCUUAGAGGCCCUUCCUGUGCCGAAAGGAGCUCCAAAAGAGGGGCUUUGGACAAGGGCUGCAGGGACAGGAGCCAGGGAAUGGCUCCCAGUGCCAGAGGGCAGGGCUGGAUGGGCUCUUGGGAAUCAGGAAUUGUUCCCUGGCAGGGUGGGCAGGCCCUGGCACAGGGUGCCCAGAGCAGCUGUGGCUGCCCCUGCAUCCCUGGCAGUGCCCAAGGCCAGGCUGGACACUGGGGCUGGAGCAGCCUGGGACAGUGGAAGGCUGAUCUCUCGACCAGACCACUUUUUCAAUUUUUUUUAUUCUUUAUCUCUGUCACUGGAUUUUUGUGAAGCCUGUCCUGCUGGCUGGAUGCUGUAUUUGUGCAGAGAAAGCUGAUCAAGUGCAAUAAUGGGGGCAGAGACAAGAAAACUAAGCGGACAAAAGAGCGGACCGAGGCAUUAAUACACUUUCUGCAUUUAUUUUUAUAUAACUUUGUACAGUGAGCGACUUACAUUAAAACAUUUUUUACGACUUUGAACA